CUCGCUCUUGUAUCUCAUUCUUAACUCACGCACGCAGCCUGCACCGGUCCACCCUCCAGACCCAUUUUCUCUCAUCUCACGCAGCUCAGGUUCCAUCUGCGCCGCUCCCGCUCACUCUUCGUACACCGGAGCUCCGAUCAAGAUAAACCUCUCUCUCUAUCUCAGAUUUUCAGCCAUCGACCUCAGGUUGUAGCAGGAUCUGGGUGGUAUUGGUAUCAAGUUAGAGCUUGGGGUAUUGCGUUUGCUUGUGAGAUUGGAAAAUUCUGUAUUCUUGUUUAGAUAUUGAAACAUAGAACAUGUCUAGUAAGAAGGAAGAGAAAGGCCAGGCUGCGGCUGAAAGAAUCAAGGCAGCAACCUUGAGUGCAGCAAAGGGUCUUAGUCGUGCUCAGGCUGAAAGGGCAGCGACUGCUGCAGCCCGAAAUGUUAAUGCUUAUGGGCAGAAGGAGGAAGGACCUAGUAGAUGGCAAGAGAAAAGGGAAGCAAAGAGGCAGAUGUAUCUGAAUAGUACUGAGAAGGCUGUGAGAUUGGGUGAAAGAAAAGACCUUAAGGCUUCUAUGUCCACCGUGAGUGGUGUGGCUUCACAGUGCCAGAAGUGUUUUGAGAGUGGGCAUUGGACCUAUGAAUGCAAAAAUGAACGAGUUUACAUCUCCCGACCCUCACGGACCCAGCAGCUCAAGAAUCCCAAAUUGAGGAUGAAGGUGUCAAUCUCUUAUGAUUUAGAUAAUAAUCCAGAUGUUAAGGAGGAGAAAGCCGAAAAGAGCUCUAAGAAAAGCAAAAGGAAGCAUCGGUCAGAUUCUGAUUCUGGUAGUGAUAGUGAGGCUUCAGUUUUUGAGACUGAUAGUGGGGCAUCAUCAGUUACGGGAUCAGAUUCUUCUUCAGAGGAAAGUAGUUCGGGUUACAGUUCAUCAUCUGAUUCAGGAGAGGAGAGGCGGCAGCGGAGGAAGAAAAAGAAGCAGAAGAGGGGAAGGCGUAAGAGGUACAGCACAUCUUCUGAGUCUUCUGAUUCGGACUCGGCUUCAGGGUCUGAUUCUUAUGAUAAGAGCAGUCGCAGGAAGAGCAGGAGGCAUGGCCGAAGGCGCUGAAGGAUUUCCUCUUAACAGUAUGGAGCAUUGUAUUGCAGUAAUAUUUGCCUUUUCUGUUUUAGUGCUCUCAUAUUAUCUUUACAGUUUUUAGUAUACAUUUAUCUUUACGACGUUGUCAUGGAAGUAAUAGUAAUAGUGCCAUAUGAAUAAAUGUGAAGUAUUACAUUUA